AUGGCCACCCUACUACGGUCGCAAACGCCCGUACAGGACGUAUACGGCGCCCCCUCGCAAGUCCCCGAUUCCGUCGUUUCCAGUCGGGGUUACGGCACGCGAUCAGGCUCCCGGCCCAACUCGUUCGCCGCCAGCUCCUCCGCUUACAACCUCGCCCACGGCGCUGUCGUGGAACCGUCCGCUCUUCCUCGUGCCGGUCGCUUUCACGAGGAUUUCGAUGCAGCCACACAAUGUGGCUCCGUCGUUCUGGGGGGUCCCUCGUCUGCCGGUAUGCAACGUUCCGUCUCGCAAUUGUCCAGUCGCUCCGCAACCCCGACGCGAUCCGCCACCGGCACGCUGAAGAAGAAGUCGUCGCUCAGCAAACGAGGUAGCAUGCGCCGCAGCGGAAGUAAGCGCAGCUUGCGCGCUGGCAGCGUGCGCAGUCUAGUCCUCGGCGAUAAGGAGAAGUACGGCGUCGAAGGCGCAGAUGAUCAAAACAGCGCCUUCUAUAUUCCUAUCCCCACGGACGGAACGCCAACUGAAGUUCUGGCGAAUCGCUUUCAGGCGUGGCGCAAAACUCUCAAAGACCUGAUCAUCUUCUUUAAGGAAAUCCAGAAAUCCUACGAAGCCCGAGCGAAGCUGUUCAUGUCGGCAUCGAAUGUCGUGAACAAUACAUCCCUCCCUCCCACGUUCCUCAAAUCGGGAGGUCUGGGAGAUGCGACCGAGAUCCUGCGAGACUUUCACCGACAAGGCUAUUUGGAAGCAACGAAGGCCGCCGAGGUGGAGAACGAGGUUGUCAGUCAGCUGAUGGGUCUCCGGAACGACCUGCAGAAGAAAACCAAGGAAAUCAGGAGUCUGUCGGGUGAUUUCCGGAACUCCGUGGACAAGGAGGUUGACGCCACACGCAAGUCUGUGCGGCAGCUGCACGAAUCGCUCGGACUGGUCGACACCGACCCGUCCGCUACCUCGGGCAAAGGCGACCCUUUCAUCGUCCGACUGGGUGUUGACAAACAGAUCGAGAAGCAGAUCGAGGAAGAGAACUACCUGCACAGGGCGUUCUUGAACUUGGAAAAUUCUGGUCGCGAGCUAGAAUCCAUCGUGGUUAGCGAGAUCCAGAAGGCCUACAACGCAUAUGCCAGCAUUCUCAAACGGGAGGCGGACGAGACGUACGACACCGUCAACAAAUUGCGGGCUGGACCGAUUUCCAUGCCCCACGACCACGAAUGGAAUUCGUUCAUUGCCACGACGGAUGAGCUUGUCGAUCCUCGAGUUCCUCUUCGAGACGUGGAGAACAUUUCUUACCCGGGCAAGGAUCAUCCCGCUGCAGCAGAAGUUCGGUCGGGCAUGCUCGAGCGUAAAAGCAAGUACCUGAAGAGCUAUACGCCUGGCUGGUAUGUGUUGUCUCCGACGCAUCUUCACGAAUUCAAAUCUGCCGAUCGAGUGGCCUGGCAAACGCCGGUCAUGUCGCUGUACCUCCCGGAACAAAAGCUCGGCACGCAUUCUCAACCGGAUUCGACGUCGCACAAAUUCAUGUUGAAGGGCCGACAGACGGGUACCAUGCAUCGAGGCCACUCAUGGGUCUUCCGUGCAGAGUCUCACGAGACCAUGAUGGCGUGGUACGAAGACAUCGAAAGUCUGAUCUCCAAGACAGGCGAAGCUCGCAACGCUUUUGUCCGGAGACAUGUGCGAACGGUCAGUGGCAACAGCUAUCGUACCAGCAUCGACGGAGUUAUGGAUGAAGACGAAGCCGACCGAACGCCUUACUCUCCGGAAUCAGCGGUUUUAAAUCAGGAGCGGCCUGCGUCCCAGCCUCGUGAGCCGGGUGGCCGGUUCCCCAGUGAUGUGCAGAUAGACCGCCAUUUGCAGGCCCCACUGUCGCCUUCAAGUGGAGAGAGCUCCGGUGAGAGGGACCUGCUAGCCGCCGCCGGAUCUUUACCCGAUCACUUCGACCCCGAUACCCAGUCCAUGUCGAAUCGAGCCUUGGAUGAGAACCAACCUCGAUCCGUGCCGGCAGCCGGCCCAUCUCGAGGCAUCCCGUUCGAACGGCACGACAGCUAUUAUGGUGCUUGGAUGAGCCCCACCGAUCCCAGCGCUCGUCAGAAGCAGCAGGAGGCCCAACAAAUCUACUCUGCAUCUGAAAGUCAAGGCGGCUCUCGGUUCUAUGGAGGAGAUAACUCUUCCCAAUCGCAUACCUUGUUCGUUGCCGGAAUGGGCUCGGGGAGCUCCCGGGACUCCACAAAUGUGACCGAUCACACCCACAACACUGUUCCCACGUCGAUUGACGAGGGACCGGAGCCAUCCAUCUCAGGAUCUGAGAAGCCUGCCGGCGACGCGCAGGGGAAAACCCUCGGUCCUGCCGCCGAAGUCACGUCGGCGAAGAGCGUUCCCGUGAUGUCGUCUGGGGGAAUCACCCCCAACGGCAUCACUACUGAGAGCACCAAACGGCCCUCGGCUCAAAGCAAGAACAGCGUAUCAACUCUCGAACUGAGAAUCCCGGGGCAUUACCCUCCGGCCAAUGUCUCUUCUGCCUAA